UCAAAUUUUACCUCGAGAAAAAUUUCUCCCACAGGAAAUGAUAUGAAGUGUACCACGCAGGGGACCACUCUGAGGCAACAGGGCUUUCAGGAGGUGAACAAAAGAAGGACUUUCUUGCAGGAUAACAGCUGGAUCAAGAAACGUCCUGAAGAAGAAAAAGAUGAAAAUUAUGGCAGGGUGGUGCUCAAUCGACAUAACUCCCAUGAUGCCUUGGACAGGAAAGCCAAAAGAGAUGCGCCAAAAGCUACAAUUAGUCGGUACAGAUCUGAUGACACUUUAGACAGAAACAUGUCCACGUUUCGAUCACCAGAAGCAGCAAAGAUGCAACAUGGAGGCUCGUUCAGUGCAAACACCCCCAGCCCCCCGGCUCCUGGCUCUGCCACAACUCCUGUGAAGAAGAAGAGACAGUCCUGGUUUCCACCACCUCCUCCCGGUUACAGCAUCACUCCAAGCUCGGGAACAGGAGGAAGGGAACCAACUGUUCACCCUCCAAUACCUCCAAAGCCCACUUCUCCUGUUUUAUCUCCUAACCAGCGGAAACAGGAGACUAGGCAGAUAUGUCCACCUAAACUAGGUGUAUAUACAGAAACCAACAGAUCUGCUGAAAGAAAUAUAAGGAGUCAGGAUCUUGAGAACAUAGUCAAAGUGGCCACUUCACUUCAGAAAACUAACAAGGGUGAAGAAUUGGAUAACAUCAUCAAAAUGAACAAGAGCUUGAAUAGAAAUCAAGGUCUUGACGGUCUCUUCAGAGCAAAUUCUAAGGCAGAGCCAACAGAAAAAAGAGCCAAGAGCCUUGAAAAUCUCAUUUUUAUGAGUACCCAAACAGACAAAGAUGGCAAAGGAAACCAAGGCCUUGGAAGUCUUAUUAAAGUUAAUCAAAGGACUGACAAAAAUGAGAAAGGAAAACAAGACGUCGAUGGAUUUAUUAAAGUGAAUCCUGAAACAAAUAAAAGCAUUAAGAGGGGCCAAAGCCUUGACAAUCUCAUCAACGUGACCUCUGAAGUAAACAGAAGUAACGCAAGUUCCAAAGAUCUUGAUAACUUCAUCAAAGUGGUUCCAAGAACAGGAAAAAUCGUACAAGGGGGCCACAGUCUUGACAGUCUUAUCAAAGUGGCUCCUGAAACAAACAGAACUAACCAAAGCAGUAAAGCAAGUCUUGAUGAACUGAUUAAUGUAAGCCCCAAAGCUGUCAAAAACAUGACUGGAAAUCGAGAUCUUGAUAAGCUCAUCAGAGUGAGUCCUGAAACUCUCACCAACAACCGAAGGAACCAGGAUCUGGAUAACCUCAUCAGAGUGAAUGCUGCAGUGACCAGAAGCAGUCAGAGUGAAGGCUUGGACAAUCUCAUUAAAGUAAAAUCGCCAGCUCUCAAAACCACUGGGCGAGACCAAGACCCGAAAAAUUUCACUGAAGUAAAUUCUAAUGUCCCUGAAAUUAAAAAUGGAAGGCUGAAUGGUCAAGUCAGUGGAUCCAGUGAUGCCUUAAACAACCAGUUUACUAGAACUCCUGCCCAUUCUUAUGAAGCCAGGAAGAAUCUCAGCUCCAGUGGUGAAACCAGGCAUGCAGGGCCAAAGGAUACUGUGGUAUACACAAGGACCUAUGUAGAGAACAGUAAAUUACUGAAGGAUGGAUAUCAGGAGAAUAUCUCUGGAAAAUACAUACAAACUGUUUAUUCAACUUCAGAUAGGUCUGUCAUUGAAAGAGAUAUGUGCACCUACUGCCGGAAACCUUUGGGCACAGACACUAAAAUGAUUUUAGAUGAACUACAAAUUUGCUGCCAUUCUACUUGCUUCAAGUGUGAAAUAUGCAAACAGCCUUUGGAAAACCUCCAAGCAGGUGACAGUAUUUGGAUUUAUAGACAGACAAUACACUGUGAGCCUUGCUACUCUAAACUUAUGGCAAAAUGGAUUCAAUAAUUCUGGCACAUGGAAAUCAAGAUAAAAGCAUUUAUUAGGAAGUUAAAAAUUUACAAAUAUGUAACCUAGAAAAGCUUUCACACUGAAGACUGACUCUUGUAGACAACUAACAAUUCUGCUAUUGCAUAAAUAAUCUAAUUGCCUUCCAUAAGGUCAUAUAUGUAAAGGAAGCCAUCUGAUAUCUGGCUGGAUCUAGCCAUGAAAAAAUUCAAGUGGGUCCAGUUACCAAAGUCAAAGGAAUGACGCUUUUCAUGGCAGUGAACUCUGUCAACACUGUCUAGGUCCAUCUCUGCUCCAUGUGUGAACUGUGCAUCAUGGUGACCGUAAUAGAAAAGUUUCCCUUUUUGUCAUCUUUGUUUCCCUAUGGAUUUGAAUUUACAAACAUUAUUGACAUCCUGAUGAACUGUCAAAUAAGCAAGAUAUGUUUCUUUUACAUGCAAAAGAAAUAUUGAUAGAAUUUUUUUUUACAAAGUUUGGCAGAAAGGGGUUUCAUUUAAAGUUGUAUGGACCUCAGAGAGUCACUUGACCUUUCCAGACAAAAUGAUCUCUAAGGUCCCUUUCUGCUCCUCAGAUUAUCUGAUUCUAAAGCAAGUGUUGCUUGCUCUUUAAGAGUGUAUUUAAAUAUGUGUCUGUUAAGCAUAGUGAACUAAAUAGGACAUCUAAACAAUUUAAUGUUAUCCUUCAGUUGACCACACAAACAGUGUUUAUAGACUGUUUUAAUAAGAAAAACAUGGAUUUGUGGGUAAUGGGUAAAACCUUAUGAUGUGUAGUUUACAUAUUAUACAUUGUUAAAUUUUCUUUGCAUGCAUUUCAAAAUCUGGGUAUAUGAAUAAUCUCUGAGAAAUAAUGGUUAUAGAUUAUGGAGACAUGCUCUUUUGCAUAUCACAUCUACUCAUAUUACAUAACACUUUACAAUUACAGACAGCUUAUUUAAAAAAAUAAAAUGAACUACCAGUUACACAGGAUCUUUUUGUGAACUGUCUAUGAAUAUCUUUCACUGACGUUGAUUUCGUCAAUUACAGAGAUCACAAUUUAUUAUGGUCUAUACCAUGCUGGGUAACUUAAUUCUUUAACUGUUUGAGCUAUAGCUUUUAGUUUUAAAGAGCUUUUUCUUGAGGAAUUGAAAAUGCAAUAAUCAUAUGUGAAGAAUGAGUAUUAGUGUUAAACUUGAGAAACUGAACUUGUAAACUAUUUUAUAUGUGCAUAGCAACUGCUUCUCAAAGGAAGGCAUAUAGAACAUUGAGGGGAGGGUGGAAUUUUAAGGAAGCUUAAGGUAGUUGUGAAAAACUGACAUCCACUAGGGAGAUUAAAUCAUCAUCAUGUAUUUUCCAAGUGUUGAUAAAUUUAAAGAAUUAUUUUUCCGUAUAAUGAUUCCAAGCAUCUGUUCCUCUUAAGGACUGGUCCACAAAGUGUUAAACACAAAAUGCUUAUCAAAAUACAGCAAUGUAUAAUUGUUGUCCUAUGGAGAGGAAGCCAGAAAAAAACAAUUAAUAAUAAUUUGAUAUUCAUUAAUUCAUGCUUGAUGAGAAGCAGUGGUAAUUGAGCCAUAUGUUUUAUUGUUCUUUUAUUACAUGCUAUCAAAGAGGAUCAAAAGAAAUAAUUUUCUUAGGGUUGAAAUUAGUGGCAGAAAAGGAUGGAUGGAAUACUAUUCCUGCCUUUUAUAUAAAGUGUAUUAACAUCUCAAUGCCUUUGUAGCAAUUAAAAAUCAUUUGAAUAUCAUUUUAGAAGUAUUCUAGUUUUUAAUGCUUCAUUUUAAAAGACGUAAAAGGAACGUAUUUCUCACUUUUCUGUAGCUGUAUAACGGAUCCUUUCUUCUAUAAUAAUGUAUUCAAUUAAACCAAAAGCUGUUAUAAAACUGGAAUAAAUAUCGAAUGGAGAGAUCAGGGCUUCCAAUUCACUAAGACUACUUCAUUAUGUCUGGGUUUAUUUGCACCAUCAGAAUACAGAUUUCUAAGACAUUUUGGAAGAUCGCAAUUUUUUUUUUUUGCAGCCAGUCAAUUAUGUUAUUAUUGGCAUCCUUUCCGUGGACACAAUUGCUUAACUCUCCGAAUAGCAGGUCUUGAAUUCUAUUGAUAACUAAGAAAUACAUCUAAAAAGAAUUAACUGCUGCAGCAUGACAAUGUCCUUCUAAACAAGCAAAAUGGAAGAAAUACAAUAAUCUUAGAAAUAGAAUUUGUUAAGAUAGUAUUCUUUGUUUUAAUAAGGUGAAGAAAUAAAAAUGUAUUCAAGAAGUAA